AUGGCUUCUGAUCCCACCCCUCCGAGAAGGGGCAUGUCCCUGUAUGCCAACCUACUAAAUCCGUCUGGCGAUACACCCGGUACCAUCUCCCGUGCCCCUGUUGUCUUUAAGCAGGCGGAGACAGAACCUCAACCCGAUGACGCGGGCGUCAAAAAGCAACAGCUGAAUCCUGCAUCCCUUCGAUUCCAACCCCCCAAAAGACCACAGCUCUCAGCCCAGAAGCCAAAACCGAAACAUACUUUACCCAAGGCACCUCAACCACAGCCCUCAGCUAACCCUUCGAUACCGACAAAGAGCACCUUGGCUGAUUGGACAGCCGUUGAAGAUGACGAGUAUGAGUACGCCCGUGAAAAGCGACAGCGUGGUGGGAGAAAGAAGCGCAAGAAGAACUUUGAAACACAUGUUGUCCAAAACUGGGAAGAUAUCUACGACUCUUCUCGGCCUACAAAUUGCGCGGAAUACGGCCAUAGCGACGAGAAGAUUGGUGAAGUCCGCGAGUGGAAGGAUAGCUUGUAUGCGCUUGCUAGGAAGCGCUCACCGAGCAGGUAUUCCGAUAGCGAUGAUUAUGACCAGCCAAAAAAGCGUAUGUUCGGGUCUUUUACGAUGGGUGACGAUAUCCAGGCUAAUCAGAUAUCACCAGAACAAUUUGCGCCUCCAAGCAACUUUGCGCCGCCGCCAAACCUCAAUGAUGUGCAACCACCAGCUUCUAUCCCCAAUGACACAUCUGGGGACGAUGCAUUUGCUCGCCGUGCAGCAUUAGGGCAACGCCUCGACAAUGAUUCAAUCGCUGCUCACGCACAAAUCCCGCCUUCGCCUCCACGCCGAGCUGAAGAUCCUACUCCAAUUUCUGAUGGCCCACCAUCGGGACAAACCAUACCACCUCCACCACCACGCCCCCUUGACGCCUUCCAGCCAAGCUCUGCAACCAUAUCCCGCGCACCAGUCCGAUACAAUCUUCCGCCACCCCCAGAAGAAAUCCCAGCCUCCGAAGCUGAACUUGAAGCCGCAUUGGCCCAAGAUCAACCGGCAGACGAGGAAGAACCAGACGAGUCCGCUCCACGGUCUCUUCGUCCCGGGCAACAAGGUUUCGCAGAACGACUGCUUUCCAAGUAUGGCUGGACCAAGGGUUCCGGCCUCGGCGCUACUGGUUCUGGUAUGGUGAAGCCGCUACAGGUCAAGCUUGAGAAGCGAAAGAAGCGACCAGACUCAGAGGGUGGUGGCUUUGUCACACCUGCCGGGCGAGGUAAGAUCAUUGGAAGCAACAAGAAGGGCGAAUAUGAAACCAGCAAGUUUGGCCCUAUGAGCGAAGUGGUCAUCCUACGGGGCAUGUUGAACGGUAUGGACCUGGAUGCGGAGAUAGAGGGAAGUCAUAAUGGUGGCUUGGUGCAGGAGAUUGGAGAUGAAUGCAAAGAGAAGUAUGGAGACGUGGAGCGAGUCGUCAUCCCUCGCGACGUCGGAACCCCAGUCCCGGUCUUGAUCAAAUUUACUCAUCCCUUGUCUGGUCUACGGGCCGUGAACGCGCUCGAAGGCCGGAUCUUCAAUGGCAACGAAAUCACGGCACGAUUUUUUGAUCUCGACAAGUUCAACCAAGGGAUUUACACAGUCUAG